CGGCGGACAGUGCGCACUCCCGGGGCACCGCCGCUCAGUGAUGCGUCUCGUUCUCACUCAACGUAUUCUUUUUUCGGCGAGACGGACAUGAAUUCCUGUGGUGACAACUACUCCACCGGCUGAGACCGUCCACACCGCGAAUAACCGGAGCAGACAGUCCGCACGUCCGUCCCUCUCCCCCCGGCCGCAUUCCGCUCCUUAUCUCCGGUGUCGGGUAUCCUAAUGGCGGACCCGACCGAACCGGCCCCGGGCGGCAUGGACCGGCAGCGGCGGCAGCGGCAGCAAGAGGAGGAAGAGGAGGAGGAGGAGGAGGAGACGACGGAGCGGAUAAACGACGCAGAGCUCGCUCUGAAAGGCAUCAACAUGCUGCUGAACAACGGCUUCAGGGAGAGCGACGAGCUGUUCAGAGCCUACAGGAACCACAGUCCUCUGAUGAGUUUCGGGGCCAGUUUUGUCAGUUUUUUGAACGCCAUGAUGACGUUUGAAGAGGAAAAAAUGCAGAUGGCCUUCGAGGACCUGAAGGCUACAGAGAGACUGUGUGAGAGCGAAAACACAGGCGUCAUUGAAACCAUCAAGAACAAGAUCAAACGCAGCACGGACUCGCAGAGGUCAGGGGUGGCAGCCGUGGACCGGCUCCAGAGGCAGAUCAUCAUCGCGGACUGCCAGGUUUACCUUGCAGUGCUUUCUUUCAUCAAACAAGAGCUGUCAGAGAAAACCCUGAUCACUGACCUGCCCCUUGCUUCCCUGCCAGCAUAUAUCAAAGGAGGCUGGAUCCUCCGAAAGGCCUGGAAGAUGUACAACAAAUGCUACAACGACAUCACACAUCUGCAGGAGGGCUCCAGGAGGAGGGCGUCCCAGCAGCCCGCCCCGUCCUCGUCCUCGUCUUCGUCCUCGGCCCCCGACCGCAGCCGCUCGUCCUCGCCCGGGCCGAGCCCGUCCCAGAGGCCGGACGGCGUCUGCCCCGAGGCUCUGGACCGCCUGAAGGGCUCGGUCAGCUUCGGCUACGGCCUGUUCCACCUCUGCAUCUCCAUGGUGCCGCCGCAUCUGCUGAAGAUCGUCAACCUGCUGGGCUUCCCCGGGGACCGGCUGCAGGGCCUGUCGGCGCUGACGUACGCCAGCGAAAGUAAGGACAUGAAGGCCCCCUUAGCUACCCUGGCGCUGCUGUGGUACCACACCGUCGUGCAGCCCUUCUUCGCCCUGGACGGCGCAGACACACAAGCAGGCCUGAUCGAAGCCAAAUCCAUCCUCAAGCAGCGGGAGACCGCCUACCCACGCUCCUCCCUCUUCAUGUUUUUUAAAGGCAGAGUCCAGCGCCUUGAGUGCCAGAUCAGCAGUGCCUUGACGUCCUUCAGCGAAGCCUUAGAGCUGGCCUCCGACCAGAGGGAGCUCCAGCACGUGUGUUUAUACGAGAUCGGCUGGUGCAGCAUGAUCGAGCUGAACUAUGGAGACGCCUACAGGGCGUUCCAGCGGCUGAAGGCCGAAUCUCGCUGGUCCCAGUGCUACUAUGCCUAUUUAACCGGAGCUUGUCAGGGAGCCAUGGGGGAUCUCAACGGAGCGGUCUCUGUCUUCAAGGACGUUCAAAAACUUUUCAAGCGGAGGAAUAAUCAGAUCGAGGUGUUUUCUGUGAAGAGGGCUGAGAAGCUGCGGAGUCCCUGUCUGACCCAGGAGCUCUGCGUUCUGUCCGUGAUCGAGAUUCUUUAUCUGUGGAAAGCUUUACCCAACUGCUCCACCGCCAAGCUGCAGGCCAUGGCACGAGUCCUGCAGGGGAUCGAGGACGCCUCCAGUGCCGGCCUGAAGAACCUGCUGCUCGGUGCCAUCAACAAAAGUCUCCAAAAUACCAAAGAAGCCGUUCAGUAUUUCCAGCUGGCUGCGGGGGACGAGGUGGGCCGACUCACCAACUCGUACGUGCAGCCGUACUCGUGCUACGAGCUGGGCUGCGUGCUGCUCGGCUCCCCCGAGUCUGCAGGGAAAGGCCGGGCGCUGAUGCUCCAGGCGAAGGAGGACUUUGCCGGCUACGACUUUGAGAACCGACUCCACGUCCGAAUCCACUCGGCUCUCGCCUCCAUGCGAGCCGCAGCUCAGCCCUGAUGGAGGAGACGCCACAAAACACCCGUCUGGGUUGAUUUCUCUUCUUUUUUUUUUUUUCUUUUUUUUAUAUGUAUACAUUUUGAGCCAACACUUAAAAAUCAUGAGCGAGAGAACAGCUCCAAGAAGUGUCAGCUCUUUUCAGAGCAUGAAUUUGUUUUGUAUAGUUUACAUUUGGACUCUUUUGAAACUGAAACGCUCGUCUGCGAGGCGAAUGUAGAAGCAGAAUGACGCGUUUGUGUGUUGACGCCAAAUCAGUCUGUGUGCUUUUUUGAAAAUCUUGCAUUCAGAUGCGCACCUUCAAGGACCUGUAGGCUGGGUUUUCUUUGCCCUCAGUUUAGACUUGCAGCUUCCUUCUCGUCAUGCUGGAGCUCACUGACUUGAAAUCCCCGAACAGCUCUGUGGCCGUACUCCAUGGCGAUUUACAAGACAUGACUGAACCUGUAUGUCGGGAAGCAUGACCGACGUGAGCCUGCAAGCUUGCACUUAGGGCAAAAAAAAAAAGCCUUUUUUGAAACAUUGUCUUUUAUAUUUAGAAAGUAGCAGAAUCCACUGAUAAAGAGAUGGUUCACAGACAUUUACAGGUCUUCGUAGGUUUGCACAAAUCAGUGUUCAUGCGUUAAACAUGCACGGAUUGGCACAAAUUCAACCACACGCGCAAUUUCGCUGCUGUAUUGGCCUCGUAUUGACAGAGGUUGUUCAGGUGUGCUGCUCUCACCGGGGAUUCCAUGUUUCCUCACCCUCGUCUCACCAGGCCAGGUUUCGCACAGUAAAGGCACAAAUCGAGUACGGAGACGGAACGACCUCGGAGUUAUUUUAGCUUUGUAUUUUCUUUUUAAAAGUUGUUUCUAUUAGUGUAAAUACGUCUUCAAAAACAAGUUUUAAUAAACGAGCAAACACUGUUCCACCUCUGAGUGGCCUAAACAUA